AAUAGCUUCAUUUCCAACUUUCACAUUCUUAAGCUGUUCUCCAUUUUCUUUGUCUAAAGACUUUUAGACGUCCUCCUUGGUAAGUCUUUCAAUUGCUCUAGUACCACCUUUCUCGUAUACAUGUUGAAUGAAACUUUACACCCCAAGGGAGCGUCGCGUAAAAGUUCAAAUACUUGCAGUUUCAAUUUGAUGUAAACAUUUCUAUUUCCAUUGGGAGCUGACACUCAGCUUCACGAAAUAAGACUAACUUAAUCCACUAAGCACCUAUUACCAAUGCAGAUGAGAGCUUCUGUAAAGAAAUAGGCAAUUGAGGGCAGUUAUCAAAAGACUUAGGCUUUGAACUCGUUAUUUUGGAACACAUCACCUAAUAUCCAUACGCCGAUUCAUCGACUCAAUAUGGCAACUAAAGGGGAGUCAGUGCGCGGAACUCCGCCUCGAUCGUCGAUGCGCUUCAUUUCUGUCGAUAACGUUCUACAAUAUGCAUCCGAAAUUCCAUCCGGCCAGCCACGCGUUCCUCCGCAGCGUGGUCCGCGUAGCAUUCCUGGCGUGCGGCGACUGAGUGGAAGGGGACUUCCUAAUCUUGCAUCACGUACAGGCCAACAGAACAUGCCUUCGCGGACUACACGGAUUAGCGAGAAACUAGUCCUGUUACCCGAGACGACCGAUGAUGCGGAAGCGGAGGAUGAAGAAGCCGAGUCUGUUCUUCGCGAGGAUGAGACGAGACCGCUUAAAGACGAGGAAUUGGAUGUUUUACGGAAAAGAGGCGGCCUCCGCGGGAAGAGCUACGCCGAACGACUGCCGAAGUUUGAGAGAACUGAGAAACUGUCGAGGCUUACAGCAUACUGUACAGCACAGUCCUAUAAGAUGAAAUCAACCUCGGAAUUCCUGCGGAAAAAACACGACGCAAAAACCAAGCUCUACGACGAUUGCCUCUACACUGUCUACCACAUCCCCUUACUCCCCGGCUUGGAUGGCUGUCGCGUCAGGAGCCGACCAAUACUCAAGACACCCGGUACGGGCAAGACGGUUCUUGAUCUCGAGAUUGAGCGGAGCGAACAGAGAGAUGAACACAUGGGAUAUUACGACGAGUAUGCAUAUGGUGAACGGGGUGAAAGCCCUAGCCAAGAAAAUGGGGGAGGAUAUCAUCCCUCACCUGACGAAAGAGGCCGGGAUAUGGAGAGUCAUCAUUCUGAACAAGACCAUUCAUCCCUAAGUCCGAUCAACAGGUUAGCGCCCGAUGCUAAACAGUUUGCUGAGAUGUUUGUCUUUUCAUACGGUGUGGUGGUUUUCUGGAACUUUACCGAAGCACAGGAAAAGGCUAUCCUGGCCGAUAUCACUUUUGCAGAAACCGAAGCUGGAUCGUCGUUAGUCACACGUCCUCUCGACCAAAGCGAUGUUGAGACCGAGGAAUUCCAUUUUGAGUAUAACGCGGAUGUGAAACGGCCUAGGAUUUUCAAUGAUAUGAUCACUCUUCUUCCACGGUCAGACCACAUGGUCAAACUCACAAUUAGCCAUGCUAUCGCGCAGAGCACGAAGUUGUGUUUCUUCGAGGAAAGAAUGUCGGAGACUAUGGUGAACGCGCAACACGUACCCAAACGCCUUGCUCUUACAGGAGAGCUUAACAUGACGAGGACCGAGAUCGUAAUGAUACUUGGCCGCUUGUUUAAGAGCCGCGUUGAAAUCAAUCUCUCAUCGAAUAUCCUCGACGUUCCCAAUUUCUUCUGGGACUCUGAGCCUACGCUUCAUCCACUCUAUGUCGCUAUUCGCGAAUAUUUGGAAAUCGAUCUGCGCACGAAGGUGCUCAAUGAACGAUGCCGUGUUUUUCUUGAUCUUGCCGAGAUUCUCUCGGAUUCGGUCGCUGACUCGAAGAUGAGCGCUAUCACAUGGAUCAUAAUCGUUCUUAUUAUUAUCAGCAUAUGCGUGACCGUAACCGAGGUCGCUUUGCGGUUCGGUAUCUUGACGAAAGAACGGGGUAGCGGUAAUAUUAUUAUUGCCCCCAAUAACACCAUCGAACCCGGAUGGAUUGCUGUUAGAUCCAACGCCACCCUCGAGGAAUUGAGAUCAUGGGGCGUGACUUUAAGCGAAGAGGAAAAAACUGCCGUAUGCGGCGCGGAAUACGUUGGAACAACCUUCGCGGGCAUAUGAAUUUUCUCUUCAGUCAUACUUAACAUUUCCUUACAGCAUAUGCAUUAUUGGGAGUUUGGGCGGGAAAUUGGCGCGUUGAAUUAUGAAUUCGAUACCCUUUAAACAUGUCGUUUAGCGCACAUAUCAUCUAGGGUUGAGAGGAUGUCACUGCCCCAUUUUUAUGUGUAUUAAUAACUUAUUGAGCAACGGGGACCUGAAUCUUACACAGC